GCCACGUGAGCGAAGCGUGAUUGGAACUUUUAUUUUGUUCUUCAUUUAUUUUUGGAGUUUUUAUUUUUGACUUUAUGUAAAGAAAUCUUAUGCUUGCCUGAAUUGUAAGGUAAAAGAAACAUAUUGGGUAUAAAUAGACUUGAAUUUAUUAGAAAUAGGACUAUCGCGAGUUGGUUUGGAUGGCUUGGUGCCUUAGCUAUACAGUCAAAUGUGGGAAAUAGAAUAAGCGAAGAAGAAAAAAAAUGGACCCUUGAAAUUGAUUGAUAUAUAAUUCUCAAUACGUAUGGAAGGAACCUUGAUCAUUACUUCAUUUAUUUAUUAUUGUUUUUAUAACUUCACAGGUAUAAAAACAUGAUAACUUAAAUUUUAUUUUUAAAUUACCAGUGAUGCUGAUGAUAUAAAAUAAAUAUAUAUUAGGACAAAUCACACAGAUUGAGAUAGCCCCAAAGUAAGUUCGAGACUUGAUGAACCACUGAUGAACAAAUGAACAAAGCUAGCAAAAUACCAUGAGUUCACAGCGCAGCUGUCAGUCGCCAGGAAGUUGCCAGUUUGACAAAAAAAAUGUCAAACAAAUCUGAUUGUAAAUAGAUCUGAUUAUUACAGUUUUAUACAAUACAAAUUUCUGUUUAUAAUAACUGAAAUAAGAAGUUCUACUGCAGAAUCUGUGAAUUGUAUUAUUAGAUGACACUUGGACGCAAAUACCAGCAUUCUUCCGGGAAUGCUGGGGAUGUUCGCAAGGCGUAUGCUAACCAGUCGAAGGUGGGAACUCUCUCGGGGUGCUCAUCUUCUAUAUCACUGUGCGAUAUGAUUGAACCACCGGACUAUGAGGAGGUGUGUGACCGCCUCAUGGCGGAGCACGACCCUCUCUCGUACCCCGCUAACGACAUUGAGCUCUGCACUGUGCCAAAGAGGAUACGCACCAUCCAACAUGUUUUACCUGAUGAAGACCUCACCAAAGCCCCAAUGUUUGUCCGCGACUGCAUCCGCUGCUACACACAAGACUACACCGUAGUGGAGUACAAGUACCGCUCCUACUCCGCCUCAGUGUUCAGCCGGGAGAAGAUGAACGAGCGGCUUGAGAAGCUGCAGGCUGGACCGAAGCAUUACUAUGAGAUUGAUUCCGAUCCUCCCACUGGGUCUGCAGAAGAGGCAUCCAUACCACAAGUAUGUCAACUGGAAUCCCAGCCAUCCAGCGGACGCCAGUCGGUCGCCUCGAUCUCGUCGUCGUCCUCCUGCAACGAGACCCUGACCCCCAGGGGGUCGUGGGCCAGCCUGGACCUCCGCAGCUCCUCCUCCGACCCCCUCCUGCCUGAUCUGUUCGAGAGGAAACCACCGGAACAGGUUGAUGCUAUCAAUGAAACCAGAAGAUUGGAAAACCGUCAAGCAGACCUGAUGGGCCUGUACACCCCGUACCUGGACCAGGACGAGGCGGUGGAGCGGCGGCUGCCGGCCGAGCUGCCGUGCGAGCUGCAGGGGCAUCGGCUGCUGGUCAACUGUCACCAGCUCAAAUUGGAAUUAGACGUGGAGCCUCUAUUCGCGUCCAUGGCGCUGUACGACGCGAAAGAGAAGAAAAAACUAUCGGAGAACUUCUAUUUCGAUCUGAACUCAGAAUGUACUAAACACAUGCUAUCCGGGCAUAUAUCUCACGCAGAGUUGUCUACUUUGAGUCGCACCGCCGUGUUCGAUAUACUGAACCCUAGUUCUGACGUGUUCUUAGUGGUGCGAGUGGAGAAAGUUCUUCAAGGAGAUGUCAACGAGUGUGUUGAGCCUUAUAUCAAGGACGAUAAGAAUCGCGAGAAAGUCCGCGCAAGCGCACAAGCCGCUUGCACUCGGCUGGGCAAGUACCGGAUGCCGCUGGCCUGGACCUGCGUCUCCUUGUUGAACAUACUGAGCGGCAGCCACGGCAUAGAACGGGACCCAAGCGACAAGGAUUUGUGUGUCUCCGCGGCCGAUACCAACAGUUUAGAUCGUAAAGCCUCGUCGUCAAGUUUGGAGCAGUUGCGCCGUCGCGCGAACGAAGUCGGCGGCUCUCUCACCCGCAAGGGCUCCGUGGAGCGGAGACAGCCCGCUGUGUCCGCGGAGGACAUCGCCAACCAGCUGGACAACUUCAAACCUAUCGUCAUAACUGUCACCAGCUUCUUCAAGCAGGAAACAGACAAACUACGCGACGAAGACUUAUACAAGUUUCUAGCGGAGAUAAAGCGUCCCAGUUCAGCGCCCAAGAAGCUCAAAUGCAUCCCAGGCGUGUUCAAGAUAGAAGUGUGCCCCUGUCCCGAGGAGAUCAAGAACGGCUUGACACCGGAGUUGGCUAAAUUGAACCCCUAUGGAGACGACAACGUCCGGCCAUGCAAGGAAGUGCUGGCGUUCCCGCCGCAGCCGGCCGCGGCGCCGCACCAGCAGUACCGCAGCCUGCUGUACCUGGCCGUCAGGGAGAUCAAUCUCACUGCGUACACUUCCCGCACCGGCUCUGCUAGGAAUAUCACCGUGCGAAUCCAAUUGAUGUCCGGGGAGAGCCAGGAAGCCGCGCUGCCGGCCAUAUUUGGCCGCAGCUCUUGUCCCGAAUUCACCACUGAAGCUUAUACUACGGUUAUAUAUCACAACAAGAAUCCGUCACUCUACGACGAGGUAAAGCUGAAACUGCCAGCGGACUUGGGUGACCAACACCACUUGCUGUUCACCUUCCUCCACGUGUCGUGCCAACGGAAACCCGUCGCGCCCGAACAUGAGAAACAUGUCGAAACUAUAGUUGGUUACUCGUGGCUCCCUCUAUGCCGCAACGGCAAACUAACCUGUGGCGAGUUCAACCUGCCGGUGAUGCAAGAGGAACCUCCGCCGAACUACUCGUACAUAUUCCCUGACGUCCUACUACCUGGAACCAGGUGGAUAGACAACCAUAAACCGAUAUUUAGCAUAUGUCUAGAUCCUUACACCACUGUGCAUCCUUUGGAUGGGUAUAUCGAACGUUUUGCAAUGGCGUGCGAGGCGGUGCAAGAGGGGAACAUACCCACUAGGAUAGGGUUGACAAAUAUGGAGUCGGAACUUCGAGCAAGUAUAUCAGAACUACCGACAGCGAACGUGGAAACUCUCGCUCGCUACCUUCCAGUAGUGCUUGACAAGCUGUUACAGUUGCUAGUGGCGCCCCCAAGCCUCGCGGGACAAAUGCUCAACAUCGCACAAGAUGUCUUCACGUGUUUAGCUCAGAUCUUCGCUGAUAUUGCUGGCAUGGCAGAGGGCGCCACCUGCGACCCUCACGGCCGCAGCUCCCUCAUCAGCAGCUACAUCCAGUUCCAGUGCAGCAUCCCGCGCCCUUCUCUCACCGAUCAAGACAUUGGGCUGCCGCUGCCGCCUGCUGUGAUGAGCGACGGGUCCUGCAAGAUACUGCACGAGGAGCUGGCGCUGCAGUGGGUGGUGGCCAGCGGGGCCACCAGGGACCUGGCCAUGCACAACUCUUGGGCACUGUUCGAGCUGAUGGUGAAGUCCAUGGUGGAGUACCUGUACUGGAGCGGGGCGCACGAGGCCCCCCGGAAGGCGAGGUUUCCCGAACAGUUCACCGACGACCUCACCACUUUAGUGAACAAUGUCACCUCCGAGAUCAUUUCCAGAUACGGCAAGAACAGUCGUCUAACAUCAAGUCUCAACAAUAGUUUAGCGUUCUUCCUGUUCGACCUGCUCAGCGUCAUGGAUCGAGGAUAUGUCUUUAACCUCAUCAGGACCUAUUACAAGCAUAUGUCGGCCAAGAUUGCUUCGUUGCCUGAUGCUGUGCCGCUUGUGCAUUAUAAGCUGGCGUUCCUCCGCAUCAUCUGUUCGCACGAGCACUACGUGUCCCUGAACCUGCCGCCGAUCGCCCCCGGCGCCCCCGGCAGUGUGUCCCCCGCCCCCUCCUCACACUCGCUGGCGUCCCAGUCCAGCGUGUCCGCCGUCCAGCACCAGCUCAGCCAUGAGUUCCGGUCGAGGCAUUAUUUGGCUGGAUUGCUGCUCACUGAAUUGACCAACGCUUUGGAGUUGCAGAGCCCGGUGCUGCAGUGCGCGGCGGUGGGCGGCGCGUGCGCGCUGCUGUGGGCGCACGACGCGGACGCGCGUGCGCACGCGGCUGUGCGCGCGCGCGUGGCCGCGCUCUACCUGCCCGUGCUCGGCGCCGUCAUGGACGCGCUGCACCAGCUCUACAGGGGCGCCGGGAAGGAUGCUCUUCAGUUGGACAAUGAGUUGGGUCACGUCGGCAGCUUGUACACGGCACCAUCACCUGACGGGGAAUUCAAACAGAGCGGUCGAGCUCCGUUCAAUAGCGAGACAAGCCGAAAUCUCCUCAUGUGUUUGGUCUGGGUCCUCAAAUGGACUGACAAAAGCGUGUUAUCUGCUUGUGUGGCCGACAUGCCAGCUGCAAGACUGCAUGGGCUAUUGGCCCUUAUUGACCUUAGCUUCAAGUGCCUGGAGUAUAAGGGGCGCAAAGAGAUAAUGAAGUGUGCGCAGCAAAACGUUCGCAAGACCACCGACAUCAAGGCCAAACUCGAAGACGUCAUCCUCGGACAGGGUUCCGCAAGAUCCGAGUUCAUCAUGAGGAGGAAAGCGGGGUGUAACGUAGGCUGCAAGCGGGAGCGCUGGCGCAAGGGCGAGUGGGCGCGGACGGCGCGGGAGCAGCAGCUGGCGGCGCCGCAGGCCGCGCCCGACCUGUCCGCCGCGUUGGCCGCCGAAGUCUCGCUCACGCUGCUACAAGCCUUGGAGACUAUUGUGCAGACGUGCAGCAACCUGGACUGCGGUCAGAGUGUGUGCACGGGCGCGCUGCAGGUGUUGCUGCGCGCGCUGCAACGCAACCAGAGCACGGCCGUGUUGCAGCACAUGUUCGCGAGCGUGCGCGCGCUCAUCGUCAAGCUGGGUUGGUCGUGCUGCGGCGAGGAGUCGGGCGUCUGCCGCGUGCUGCUGCGGCACUGCGCCGCGCUGUCGCAGCACACUCGCGCGCACGCGGCCGCGACUCUCUACGCGCUGAUGCGGCAACACUACCAGCUCGGGAACAACUUCAGCCGCGUGAAGAUGCAAGUGACAAUGUCGCUGUCGUCUCUGGUGGGGACGUCGACGACGUUCAGCGAGGAGUCGCUGCGGCGCGCGCUCAAGACUAUACUCGUGUACGCGGAGCACGACACCGACCUGCAGGACACCACGCUCUCGGAACAGUCGGGAACCAAACAGGCGGCCCAAACAGCCAUAAUGCUGGUGAAAGAUCUAGUGUUCAACCUGCACAUGAUAUUAUCGGACACGGUCAAGAUGAAGGAGUUUCAAGAAGACCCGGAGAUGCUGCUUGACCUGAUGCACCGCAUCGCUCGCGGGUACCAGCACAGCCCCGACCUGAGGCUGACCUGGCUCAACAACAUGGCGCAGAAGCAUAUGGAGCGUUCAAACCACGCAGAGGCGGGCAUGUGCCUGGUGCACGGCGCGGCGCUGGUGGCGGAGCAGCUGUGCGCGCGCGCACGCGGCGCCGCCUUGCUGGAGAGGGUCACGCAUAACGUCUUGGACGAAAGCUGCGCGGACGCCUUACAUCACCAUCUCACACAUCACGAGCUGCAGGCGCUUCUGGAACACGCGGCGAGCGAACUGAUGACGGCCGGGAUGUAUGAAACAGUGAACGAAGUGUACAAAGUUCUCAUCCCAAUAGCGGAACAACACCGCGACUAUAAGAAGCUGGCUAAUAUUCACAGUAAACUAAACGAGGCAUUCACCCGCAUAGAACAAUUGCACGGGAAACGUGUGUUCGGGACUUACUUCAGAGUAUCAUUCUACGGGUCCAGAUUUGGGGACCUCGACGGGGACGAGUUUGUGUACAAGGAACACGCGUUGACUAAAUUGCCGGAGAUUUUUAGCAGGCUGGAGAACUUUUACGGGCAGCGUUUCGGCCCCGAGAACGUGGUGAUCAUCAAGGACUCCAACAACGUGGAGGCGGCGUCGCUGGAGCCCGACAAGGCGUACAUCCAGAUCACGUACGUGGAGCCCUACUUCGAGCCGCACGAGCUGCGCAAGCGGCCCACGCACUACGACAGGAACUUCAAUAUUAAGCGCUUCAUGUACGCGACCCCGUUCACAGCCGGCGGCCGCGCGCACGGCGAACUCUCUGAACAGUGUAAACGGAAAACUAUACUCACCACAGCACACCACUUUCCGUACGUCAAGACCAGAGUGCCUGUGGUUCAGAGGACACAACUCGUGUUGUCGCCGAUAGAGGUCGCCAUUGAGGAUAUUCAAAAAAAGAUCAACGAGCUGGCAGCGGCGACCAGCCAAGAGCCAGCUGAUCCGAAGAUGUUGCAGAUGGUGGUACAGGGUUGUAUUGGUACCACCGUCAAUCAAGGACCACUCGAACUCGCUCAAGUGUUCCUGGCGCCGGUGGCCGACGGCACGCAGCCCGCGACCAGGCUGACCAACAAACUGCGGCUGGCGUUCAAGGACUUCUCCAAAAAAUGCCACGACGCGUUGCGUAAGAACAAGAACCUGAUCGGCAGCGACCAGCGCGAGUACCAGCGCGAGCUGGAGCGCAACUUCCAGCGCUUCACCGACCGCCUCGCGCCGCUCGUGCGCACACAGGUUGGACACGUCGCGCAGCUCAGCAAUGGCUUGGGCAAACAUGACUACAAGUAUCAAACAUAAAUUGAAAAAUAAGGAGCGUCUAUCUUCGUAUAACCCAAUACUAAGUACCUACAUUACAUUAAAAUAUUUUAUGGUAUGUGUUUAUUAUGAAUAAUCAAAUAAGUAAGUUUUAUUGAUAUUUUUGAACAAUUAUGAUUUAUCAAUUAUAUAUUGGUAAAGACUCUUGUAGCAUUUAUCAUACUGAUUUAUAUUAAGCUGAUUAACAUUUAGAUUUAUAUCUAGUCUCUAUCGUGCUCUCUUUGACAUUAUUUAUAUCCAUUUAACUAAUUUUAUUGUCAAAAGUAUUAUUACUUUUAUAACGUUAUAAAGUGUACUA